UUUCCGGUGAGGUUCCGCGCCCAUGCCGCUCGGCUGUCAUCCACUCGUCUCUCCCCCAGGAGGCUCUGCUUCCCAGCCCCUUUGUUCAGUCUGGCCGGUGGGCUGAGUCACAGGAGGCUGUGCUGUAGCCGACCGAACCCCCGCAAACACAGCGGGGAGACGCAGAUUCCAUCCGUGAAAACAGAGUCGAGAGGCUUGAAAGUUGCCGGUGGUGCGUUUAGGAACUGUCGGGAUUGAAAACGCCGCCGUGUGUUCGACGCUUCUCCGCGAGUGCUCGGCUCAUCCUGAGAAACCGAACCGGCCGGCUAACUGCUAACCGAUCUGCUGCUGACACCGUGUUUCCAUCCUCCUCCUCUUCCUCCUCCUCCUCCGCCUCCUCCGUCGUGGAUCCACGCGCCCUCCAGCAUCCAUCCAUAUUCGCAUCCAGGGAGUGGCCGCUGCUCCUCCCUGGCGUGAUCCAAGUUAUUCCUCCUCCUCGGAGUCUGUUCAUCACAGGAGGGACAUGCACCGUGGCGGUUCCCAGUAGAUCCGCUCGCCUCAGCCCUCCAGUGAGGAGUCCCCGGGUCGCCGCAGCAGAAUGAACAUGCUCAAGUCCAGCGGGCUGAAGAUUCCUGGCCGCGGGCCCAAGCAUUCCAGCCCAGUCGGACGGACGUCGGCAGGAGGAAGCGCGAGCCCCCUGCUCCCCAAGGACAAUGUCCCCCUCAAGCCUCUGACUCCCACCAAGCUAACUGAAGAGGGCGACGACGUCCUGGGCGACUACACUGUGGGUGAGCAGGUGUGGGUCAAUGGCGUCAAACCCGGCAUCAUCGCCUACCUGGGCGAGACGCAGUUCGCUCCGGGCCAGUGGGCCGGCGUCAUCCUCAACGACCUGCUGGGCAAGAACGACGGCUCGGUGGGCGGCGUGCGCUACUUCGAGUGUCAGCCGCUGCAGGGGAUCUUCACCCGACCGUCCAAGCUCAACCGCCACCCGGUGGCGGAAGGCAGCGACAGUCUCUCCACCGACUCGGUGCUGAACCAGAGCCAGCCGGGCGGCGCCCCCUCUGGUCAGAGGGUGGUGAUGCCACUCAGGGAGGGGCUGCUCAACAGCACGGUGAAGACCGGGAACGAGUCAGGGUCCAACAUGUCCGACAGCGGGUCCGUGAAGAGGGGCGGCGACAAAGACCUGCGAGUGGGAGACCGAGUUCUGGUCGGGGGGUCGAAGAUGGGCGUGAUCCGAUACAUGGGGGAGACGGACUUUGCCAAGGGGGAGUGGUGCGGUGUGGAACUGGACGAACCUCUGGGGAAGAACGACGGAGCGGUCGCUGGAACAAGGUACUUCCAGUGCCUCCCCAAGUUUGGCCUGUUCGCUCCGAUCCACAAGGUGAUCCGGAUCGGCUUCCCGUCCACCAGCCCAGCCAAAGUGAAGAAGAGCAAGCGGGUGGCCAUGGGUGUUUCAUCUCUGGCCCACAGCCCCAGCAGCUCCUCCAUCAGCUCCGUCAGCUCCGUGGCCUCGUCGGUGGGCGGACGUCCGAGCCGAGCCGGUCUGCUGACCGAGACGUCGUCCCGUUACGCACGCAAGAUCUCGGGCACGACGGCGCUGCAGGAAGCUCUGAAGGAGAAGCAGCAGCACAUCGAGCAGCUGCUGGCCGAGCGGGACAUGGAGCGGGCCGAAAUGGCCAAAGCCACCAGUCACAUCUGCGAGGUGGAGAAGGAGAUGAGCGCGCUCAAGUCGCAGCACGUGCAGUACGUGACAGAGAAUGAGAACACGCUGCUGCAGGUGAAGAACGUCCUAGCAACUGCUCAGAAGGACAAGAUGGAGUUGACCAAUCAGCUGGAGGAGGAGAAGAGGAAGGUGGAGGACCUGCAGUUCCGGGUGGAGGAGGAGUCCAUCAGCAAGGGAGACCUGGAGACUCAAACUAAACGAGAGCUCGCUCACAUUCGCCACCUCGAGCGAAGUUUGCGCCUCGAGAAGUCCAAGUCUGAGGAGCUUCUCAGGGACUUGACGAAGACUCGGCAAACCACAGUGGAGGAGCAGAGCCGCAUCGCACAGCUGGAGGAGGACCUGAGUCUGAAGAAGGCCGAGGUCGCCGCCCUGCAGGUCCAGCUACGAGGCCUCAGCGCGCAGACGGCGGACGCCGACCAGCCGGAGACGGCGGCGCUGCAAGAGCGGCUGCUGAGCGCCGGCCGCGAGCACCAGAGGGAGAACAGCGAGCUGCGGGAGAAGUACGAGGCGGCGCUGACCGCCAGUCGGCAGGAGGCCGAGGCGCUGAAGUCCCAGGUGGAGAAGCAGAACCAGGAGCUCAGUGAGAUGAAGGUGAAGGUCCAGCAAGCGGCGCGAGAGAACGUGGAGAUGAUGGACACCUGGAAGGCAAAAUUCGACUCACUGGUAAGUGAGCAUCAGCGUUCUCUGGAGGAGCUGCGGGCCUCCUUCAGCAGUGAUCACGUGACCGCGGCGGGUCCAGAGGUGGACGCUCAGGAGCUGCGUGCGACCCUGGAGAGCCUGAAGAUGGAGCACCAGCUGGAGGUGGAGAACCUGAAGGCCAAACACAAGAUUGAAGCAGCGGUGCUGAUGAAAGAGCGCGAAGAUCUCGCCGCCCGACUGCACGAGGCCAGAGAGCAGCAUACGGACAGCGUGCCGACGUGGAGGGCGGAGUCCAAGGGUCCUGCGCAGGAGGGGCUCGCGGAGAAGCUGCAGCAGGCCGAGCGUCGUCUGGCGGAGCUGCAGACGCAACAAGAGCAGAGCGAGGAGGAGCUGAAGGGCCGACUGGCCCGGGCGGAGGCGGCGGCGGCGGAGCUGGAGGUCGUGCGGAGGUCGCACACCGAGAGUCGGGAGGAAGUGCGGCGUCUGGAGGAGCAGCUGAAGGUUCUGACCAAUCAGCUGCAGAGCCAGACGAGCGACGCCACCGAGAGCAUCCACGAGAUCUCAGACGAGCAGAGGAACAUCGAAGAGACGACGGACAAGCUGCUAAAAAGAGAGAAGGAAGUCUCCACGUUGACCUCUCAGGUGGAAACUCUGCGGUGGCAGCUGGCAGCUCUGGAGGUCAAAGUUCACGCGGCGGAGACAAGGGCCGACACGGUGGUGAGGGAGAAGACCCGGCUGGAGGCGGAGCUGGAGUCCGUCACCAAGAAGUCACAUGAUGCCUCCGGUCAGCUGGUCAGCAUCAGCCAGGAGCUGCUGAGGAAGGAGAGGAGUCUGAAUGAGCUGCGAGUCUUGCUCCUGGAGUCGCACCGGCACUCGCGAGACCUGGAGAAGGACCUGACUCGAGAGGUUCACAAGGCAGAGUGGAGGGUCAAAGAGCAGAAGCUGCAAGAAGACAUCAAGACUUUGAGAGAGAAGCUCCUCCUGGUGGGCCGGGAGCACGCCUCGCCUGAGCACCGCAGGUUCUCCAUGCUGGAGCCGUCAGCGUUGGACUCGGAGGUGACCCGGCUCCGGCAGCGGCUGCUCAGCACCGAGGAGGCCCUGAGGAACGCCCUGGACCACAACCAGCAGGUGGACCAGCUGGUCCAGGCGAUGAACCGCCACCCGCAGAAGAGUCCGGUCCUCGCACCAAAGUCCUCCAACGGGAUUCAUCACCAGCCGCCCGACAGCACGCAAGAAGAGCAGCACUGAUGACGGCGGAUCUUCGGGGACAGUUCCUCGCCGGCGUCACAGUUUACAUUCACGAUACCAAAAUGUCUCCACGCGAACGCCUGCGCUGAAAAACUCGAGUGUAUUAUAAAGAUGGCAGAUGAGACGGGGUGUUGUGAGGUUGCCACGGCAACCAUCGCCGUGUCGCUGUAGUUAGAAAACCCGCUGCCUGAAUUUUUUUUGUUUCCAAAAACAGACGUUUUUAUUUAUUUUGAUCCUCUGCGGGGUUUUUUUUGCCGAGAGAUGGUUUCUUGCGUCGGAGCUGAUGAGAGGAUGAAAGUGAGAUUUUAAAGAUUUGAAUGGAAAAAAAGUCCCUCACCAACAAAGGUUUUAUUUUCUACUUUUGUGUCUGAGGGAGAAGCGUUUGUCUUUUAUCGUCGGUGUUUGGGAAUGAAACGAUGGGUUGGUUGUCAUGUGUCAUGUGACCAGGCUGGAGUGGUUGCUGCACAAGAGGAAAUCCAGAGAUCGGAAUGUUUCGUUUUUGUUUAGACUCCGACAACUGGAGUUUGGUUUGAACGGAACACUACGAAAAUCAUCCACUACAAACUUGACUUUUUGAAAAUUACGUUAAAGGACAGACAAGUAUCACGUGAGUGCCGGGGAAAAUAUUCAUCUGUCACAAAACAAUCGUCGGAGAAACUACUUGAAUGUUGAAAAAUAAAACGGUUUUAACCUCCACACUUCAGAAAAGAAAACAGGAUGUUCCGAGAAAGUCUUGCGUGUACCGUCAGAAAAACCUACUCUGCUAUCGGUUAAACACUGUCCAUGUCCAGGACGAUGUGUGACCUUCGGAAAACGAACUUUACUCUUCCGAAAUGUAUUGCGAAAAGCCUUUGUAAAGCAUAACUCUUGGUGCAAAUUGGAAUGUGAGGAGACACAGGUUCAACCAAUAAAAACACAAUUAGUGACCAGAAAAGAAAAAAAAAAACAAAGUUCGGAAAACACUUACUCUGACAUCAUCAGAAAAAAAUGCCGGUAAAAGUAAGGAUGAAUUGACCCUCGGAGAAUUUUCGGCGCAAAGAUUGAAGCGUAAUGUAACUCACCCAAAAUACAGGAAUAUAAAACUAUUCUAGGGAAAAUGCUUGAAAUUCGUCAUGAAGACAACAAAAUAAUUCAGAAUAUUUGGAACCAAGACCAAGUGAAAAGCUUAAAUUAAACCUAUCAAAAUAAAAAUGACUCAUAUCUUGUCUGAAGCUCGAAUUGAAGACGUGAACUCUUGAGUCACGUGGAAGGGUUUGAAGGGGUUUUUUUGGUUAGCAUAAUUCCGAUAAAGUUCUCGAUGACUGAGGUUACCACAGGUCGUCCAUCCAGUUCAAAUCUCUGUUCCGAGAAUCAGUGAGUGAAUAUUUUCAAGAAACAAGUCGGUCUGUGUGAAACGCUGCACGACAGGAAACCACAGAAGAAUCGAGGCCUCCUGCAGCAGCGGGAGGCUACUUUCCUUUUGACUAUCUCAACGCAAAUCAAUCGGCGGUUUUGGAAUCGUGCGCGUCGUGUUGUCAGAAUUUUCCAACCUUCGUGAUUCCGUGUUCGCUCCUGGUCUACGUGACUGCUGCUGACGUCAGCAUGGCAGAGAAGGCCAGUGUGUCAUCGGGGAAAAUCUCGGCGACUGAUCAGGGUCAACACGAGUCAUGUCAACAAGACAUGGAGAGUGAAAACCCCAAAUCACAAAUGUUUGUGUGAAUUCAUUGUUAAGAAAAUAAUGGCUCCUCAUAACAAAGAAAAAAAAUCAUCUGAAGUUGAGGGUCUUAUUUUAGGGUCAGACUUCACUGAAAUCCAUGAUGUGCUGUCACGAAAAUGUAGUUUUGUAGCAGUAACCAUGCUAAACGCUAGAAAACAAAUGUCCAGUUUUUUCCUUCACAUGCUGCUAAGAAAUUCUCCUUAUCAUGAAUUUGAAUCCUUACGACGUUUCAAGACUUGAAAUAAGCUGUUUACGAUAAACUGUUGUUACUGGGUCUGGUUACCCCCGAAGAAAUGGUAUUUAAGCUCUUCAAUGCUAAUCUUGUGUCAAGCCUAGCGUUAUUUUUCACGAUAUCAACAAUGUUGAUAAUAAGAAAAAACUAGGUUACAUGUCUGCGAAAGUAUUGCUAACCAUGCUAUCAAAUAAUGCUAACAACGCCUCAUUUUUUAUGCAACAGUUGACGGUGUACGAACAAAUAAUGUCACACAAAACUUUUAUAACGCAAACUGUGCUACUGAUCAAGCGUAGAACCAAUAUUAUACACAUGACUGCGAGCAAAUACUCCUCCUGAUAAACACAGAAUCAUAAUCAAAAAGUUGUGCCUUUACUGGGUCACGUUCCUACAAAAAUCCACUGCUUCCAGUCGAACAAUCUGCUAACAAAACAAGAUCCUUUUUGUUGCGAGCUCAUGACAUUUUCUGUUUACUAGAAAUGUCCCUAAGAUACACUCACCUCACUUAUAACAAUAAAACAAAUACUUGGUCCUGAAUGAAAUUGAAAGUUUGCUGUUGACGAUUUUGAGUCCUAAACACAUGUAGCGCCUAUUUAUGAAGCAACACAAAGAAUCCUACCAUUGACGCCUUUCAGUUGUUCAUGUCAAAGUGUGUUAAGCGAGCUAACAGUUGUGAAUGUUUUUUUUUCAACCUUUCAUACAAUCAGUCGAAUAUGUCACGCAAUGCUCGUGUGCGACAGUUGAACUACUGACACACAAUCCAGUCUAAUAAUUGUGGACUUCAUGUCGUUUUCCGUCAGUUGUCGAGCAAAGUCUGUACUUCCGGAAAAAAAAAAAACCUUCGCCUUAAUUUGUUGCUUUGUUUCCUGCGAGCUAAUUUGUCGGUCUGAUCAUGUUUGUGCGUCCAUCUUUGAUAAAAUGCCGAAAAAAAGUGUCCUCUACUUGUCAAAGAAUGAAGGGCUUUUACCGGAGACGAGGAAUGCCCGGUCCAGAUGUUCACACCUGGGUUCCGCUUUAAACUUGACGUCUUCCAAAUUCUUUUUUUUUUUUGCGUUCAGUAAAAAUGGUACGAUUUCUUUCCCGCUGGAGUUCUGUAAAGUUUCAAGUCUUUUUGCUGCAACACUGUCAGAGUCAAUAAAUAUUAACAAGU